ACAGGCGCAAUUUUCACACAUGAUCAAAAGGACAGCGGAACCGAACUCGCCUUCAAAUAUGCUGUGCACAGAAUCAAUAAGGAUAAAAACCUCUUGCCCAAAUCCACCUUGGUUUACGACAUACAGUAUGUUUCCAAAGACGACAGCUUCCAUGCAUCAAAAAAAGCGUGCCAGCAGGUGAGUGAGGGAGUACAGGCUGUGUUCGGGCCUUCGCACCCGGUCCUCGGAGGCCACGUCCACAGCAUCUGCGACGCCCUGGACCUCCCCCACAUCGAGGCGAGGGUGGACCCCCAGGAAGGCCACCGGGAGCUCUCCAUCAACCUCCACCCCUCCCAGCCCCUCCUCAACUCGGCCUACAGCGACGUUAUGGCCUACCUCAACUGGACCAAAGUGGCCAUCAUAUACGAAGAGGAGUACGGAUUGAUGAAGCUCCGCGAACUGACCCGUCCUUCGAGGAUCGAGGUGCACCUCCGACAGGCAGAACCCUCCACCUACCGCUCCGUCCUAGGGGAGGUCAAGAGCAAGGAAAUCCGCAACCUCCUCGUCGACACCAAGCCGGAGAACAUACCUGUCUUCUUGAAAUGGGUCAUCCAGCUCCAAAUGAACGAUUAUAAAUAUCAUUAUUUAUUCACGUCAUUUGAUAUUGAGACGUUCGAUCUUGAAGACUUCAAGUACCACUUUGUAAAUAUGACCGCCUUCCGACUCGUGGACGUCGAAGAUCUUGGAGUACGGGAGAUCCUCCGGGACAUGAAUAAGUUCCAACCUUACGCUAGGUCUUACAACAAGACCAAGUCCAUCGAAGCUGAACCAGCUCUGAUGUACGAUUCCGUCGUUGUGUUCGUGAUAGGACUGCAGACAUUGGAACAGUCCCAUCCUCUCUCUCUAGCCAACGUCUCCUGCGCCUCUGAAAUGCCCUGGGAUGGAGGACUUUCGUUGAUCAACUAUAUCAACGCGGUAGAAACGAAAGGACUCAGCGGACCGAUAGAGUUCAAAGAAGGACGGAGGAUCGGGUUCAAGCUGGACGUGGUGAAGUUGAAGCAGCACUCGGUGGUCAAAGUAGGUGAAUGGACUCCUACUGGUGGACUCAACAUCUCCGACACUGGGGCAUUCUUCGACUCAACUUCACUCAACGUAACGCUAGUCGUCAUCACGAUAUUGGAGACUCCGUACGUGAUGUCCAGCGGCGAGAAUCGAAGCAAGUUCGAAGGAUUCUGCAUCGACUUGCUCCACCAAGUGGCACAAAUGGCCGGCUUCCAAUACCGGCUGGAGCUGGUUCCAGAUGGCAAGUAUGGCGCCUACGAUCCAGAGACUGGAGAAUGGAACGGGAUGGUUCGACAGCUCAUGGAUAAGAAAGCUGAUCUUGCAGUGGGCUCUAUGACAAUAAAUUAUGCCAGAGAAAGCGUCAUUGAUUUCACUAAGCCAUUCAUGAAUUUGGGGAUCAGCAUCUUAUUUAAGGUUCCAACAUCUCAAGAGACCCGUCUCUUUUCGUUUAUGAACCCAUUAGCUAUUGAAAUAUGGCUGUAUGUGCUUGCGGCCUACGUGCUAGUAUCAAUUACAAUGUUCAUAGUUGCAAGGUUUUCUCCUUACGAGUGGCAAAACCCACAUCCAUGUGACAUGGAAAAUGAUCUAGUUGAAAACCAAUUUUCUAUAGCAAAUUCAUUCUGGUUUACUAUCGGAACUCUGAUGCAACAGGGAUCAGACCUAAACCCAAAGGCAACAUCAACGAGAAUAGUUGGAGGUAUUUGGUGGUUUUUCACCUUAAUAAUUAUUUCAUCGUACACUGCUAAUCUCGCAGCCUUCCUUACAGUGGAAAGGAUGAUCACACCGAUUGAAAACGCUGAAGAUCUAGCCGGCCAAACAGAAAUUGCUUAUGGAACACUAGAUAGUGGCUCAACGAUGACUUUUUUUAGGGAUUCUAUGAUUGAAACAUACAAAAAAAUGUGGAGGUUCAUGGAAAAUAAAAAAGUAUUUGUUUCAACUUAUGAAGAAGGAAUCAAAAGAGUUCUUGAGGGAAACUAUGCCUUUUUAAUGGAGUCAACAAUGCUUGAUUACAUUGUACAAAGAGAUUGUAACCUCACACAAAUUGGAGGACUUCUUGACACUAAAGGUUAUGGGAUAGCUACGCCUAUGGGUUCCCCUUGGCGUGACAAAAUAUCAUUAGCAAUUCUAGAACUCCAAGAAAAGGGAGAGAUUCAAAUGCUAUAUGAUAAAUGGUGGAAGAACCCUGGUGACACAUGCAUCAGAAAAGACAAGACAAAAGAAAGUAAAGCUAAUGCCUUGGGAGUCGCUAACAUUGGAGGAGUGUUUGUCGUGUUAUUAUGUGGACUGGCUAUCGCUGUAUGUAUAGCAAUUUGUGAAUUCUGUUACAAUUCCAAAAGGAAUGCUCCAAUUGAAAGGCGAGCUGGUUCUCAGUCUUUGUGUGCCGAAAUGGCUGACGAAUUAUGUUUCGCACUCCGUUGCCGUGGUUCGAGGCAAAGGCCAGCUCUCAAGAGGCAGUGUUCUAAGUGUGCUUCAUCUGCCUCUUACAUUCCGACGAUUCCUCCGGCACCGGCGCCUCCUCAACUCCCGGCUUACAGCAAUGCACAGGGAGCCAGUUUGGGAAUUCCCCUAGACUUACCACACCAUGCAAUGAACAUGAAAAUUUGAAGAAAGUGUAAAUAAACAAUAGUGUAGAACAUGUUUUCGAGACUAGAACACAGUUUGUGUAAAUUUUUUUUUUCUUCUGUGUUGCACAAUAUUUGUACGUGUUCUUGAAUUAUUAUGACUGCCGAAAUAGAUUAUAGUACUUAUAGUGUUUUUCUACUUCUUCACUAAAAGUGAAUGUAACAUUUUAUGUACAUAUUAAUGUUAAUUAUUAGGAAUUAGAUAAUAUUAGUAUUAUGUUCGAAUUUUUAUUUAUAAAUUUUGUGACCCAACUAGCAAUUUAGAUAAAAACAGAAAAAAAAAUUAGUUUUAUGAGCUAAAUAAAACUAUUGGUCACUAAUUUUUUAGCACUAAUAUUCAAAGGGUUGAUAAAUAUUUAAUAUGUCAUAAAAAAAAAUUUCAGAUUCUGUUACUAAACAUUUCACUUCAUAAUUUGCGAGUAGAUGCGGCACAGGUUCGAAUAAGGCCUAGGAAUUGACUUUUUAUUUUGUGGUUGAUAUUCUCCAAAAUAAAUUUUUAACUUUUCACUAUGGCUUAAAACGUUGGACAGCUGUACAAUGACUUUUCAUUCCUGCUGUAAUAGGAUUAUUUAAGGAAGUAAUCCAAAUAAAAACAUAGUGCUCAUAAUUUAUUGUUUCUAUAAGUAGAGUAUAGUUUUAUUUACAUAAUGAUACAUAACAGAAAUAUUACAAAUUUAUUUAAUCAUAGAAAUUUUAUUUUUAAUAUAGAAUAUAUUUAUUGAAAGAAAACUGAUAUAUAAUUUUCACGAAAUUUUCUAACAAAAUAAUUGUAAAGCUGAAAUGUUCGGGCUCAGUUCUAAUACUCUACAUUCAUUAAACUUUUUCAUGUUGAACAUUAUAACCGAUGAAACUGUCAUUUUAAAGAUAUUUUGAUGUAAGUUGGUAAAUAUAUUUCUCAUCGAUUGACUAAAAAUCAAGUAUGUAUAAUUCUUUUUGUGCCUUUUUCAAUGAAUUCAGCAAAUAGAACAGAGAUAUUAAUUUCAUAAUUUAUUUGAAACCAAGAUUUGAUCAUUUUAUUUUCUUAAAGCUUUAGUUUUAUAUUUUGUUAUUAUUGUACUUGUAUUAAUUGAAUUCAUUCUUAGGAUCUCAAACCAUUUAUAAAGGUAUUAAAAUCAACCACUUUAAUGAAGCAACUCUAAAAUCUUGUUAUGUUAUAAGUACUCAAAAACAUAACUGUCAUAGCCAAAUAGAAAAAUUUAAGUAAUUGACUAAUUGAAUUUUUAGGUAUCAACAUCUAUUGGUUAUUAAAAUAACCAACUUUAAUUUACAAAGGCCCCAAGUUCGUUGAAUAUUUUUAAUAGUAGUUUUUAAUAAUCAAAUAGUAAACUAGUGCCAAGAAAUACAUGUUAUAAGAAUCAAAACAUGUUCAAAUUUCUAGAUUUAAUAUCAAACAUUCUCUACAUAAGUAAUAUUCAAUGUACAUAUGUAAUGUUCCGACUGUUUUGAGUUAAUUAAAACAGAAUAAACCACUACAAAGUUUCAUGUUGAUAGUUUUUUUCAUCAUUGAAAAGACCAUCUAUAAUUUUUUUUAUUUCAUUAAAUAUAAAUUAAUGCAGAUCCAUUCCAUGAAGAGUAUGUAAAAUGUAAUAUUAACAUAAAUCUUAAAAUUUUGUAAAUUAUAUCUUCAUUGUUCAAAUAACUCAAAUUAUUGGGAAUGUUUAUAGUUAAACACCUCCACAAUAACAGGCAUUUAAAUAAUAUUGUAAUGCAAAAAAAAAAAAAUGGAAAAGCUAAAAAUUUGCUAGAACACACAUAUGACUAAGAAGUGAUAACUUUUGUAAGAAAAAAACUUAAUUUUUUUCACUUCCUAUAGUUCUGUAGUUAUUCAUUUUUUACACCCAUAUGGUUUAAAAAACGAACCAUAUAAAAUAUAUGGUCUCUCCAAUUGAAAUUUAGUUUCUUUAUGAUGACAAAACAUAAUUUUUUUCGCUGUUAUGAGGUAUCAGUCAAUUCUUAGUCAUCUAUACCAAUGCUGCUGGGGCAACUAAGGCAAUUACCCCAGGCCACUGGCCAAUCUUUAGGGGCGCUCGCCACUUGUUAGAAAUUUAAAAAAAAAUACAAAAUCUAUCAAAAAUCAAAUUUAGCCUAUUAAUAAAGCAAAUGUAUUACAGAAAUAUUUAAUGAAAUAAAAUUCAAAUAUUAUAUAAAAUAAAAUAGCUUAAUAAAUAAAUUUCAUUUUUUGUGAGGGAGAUAUGGCGUCAUUGCCCAGGGGCACCGAAUGUCUAAGGCCGGCAUUGAUCUGUACAUUACCAUAUUCAGAUGAUUUCAACCAAUAGUAACAAAAUUUAGUUUUUAAUUGAAGCCGGUAUCAAAAAUUAUAUUCUAUUGCACUUAACAAAUAAUAUCAUUAUAAAAUAUGAGAAGUAAUUCAUUAAAUAACUAAAAACUAUUCUCAUGCCAGUUAUUAAAGGCUCUCCAUUCUGUUCCUGUUCCCCUACUCUUAAUCAACUCUGCCUUCAGUAACUGUUCAACAUAUAGGUUCUAUUUAAUAAGAGAAUUUCUGUUGUAUACUUUGUUAGUAAAAAAGAUUUCCAUGUUUUUAAAAAAAAAUUCUAAAAACAUAUUCAGUAUUUAUUUGUAGUUAAAUGUAGGAAAUACAUGACAGGAAGAACUACUGCAAAAUAGUCAGAAAAGCUUAGAAAAUGACAUUUUACUUCAUUAAACAAAUUUUUUGUUUAAUAUUUUUUUUUACAAAUCAUAAUAAUUAAUUUAGCAAAUUAUGUGAUUAAAAUUAAAAAAUGGAACUGAAAAUUGUAUAAAAAUAGGUGUAAUGUUUUAGAAUGUAUAAUAGUAAAUAAUUAGGUUAGAUAUCUUUACCAGAACAAGAGGAUUUUAUAUUUCAUGGACGGAUGGAAUACACUUAUGUAAUAUAAUUCCUGAAUUGUUGAAUAUUUUCAAUAAAAUAGUUUUCAAAGUUUUUAUUGUUUCUUGUAUAACUAACUUGUUAAUUAUUCAUGGCUACCUAAGCAAGCCUAGUGAAUAUUUGUAUAAGUCAUUUCAAAUCACAGAUCUGUUGGAUCUAUCAGGCACUUGAUCCUAUAUGAAUGAGACUCGACUUGAUAACCUGGGAAUGGUAAUUAAAAGAUGUCUUCCAAGAAUUAUGACAAUUUCACAAAGACGAUCUUUAUUUUUCAAUUAAAAACAUGUAAUUUCAAAAUUGAACCAGAAUAGAUGGAAAUCCAUAUAUGUUUUAAUAUUUAUCAAUAAUAAUUCAUUGUCAAAUAUAAUUAGGUAGCACUCUUUUAUGAAAAUAAAGUGUUUUUUCUCCUUUCUUCCAAGUCUGUCAAAUUUUUUUUACAUGAACUGUGUUACAUAAAUAUGAUAUGGAAGACAACAAUGGACAGAGAAUUUGAACUAUACUAAUUAUUAUUUAGAGUUUAAGAUUAUAAACUGCUUUUUAAAGAAUUUUUGAAGUUUUCACUUACAAUAAGCCAUUCAUUUAUUAGUUCAGUUUUCUGUUAGCUAUGAGUCAUAUUUAAGAUAGCAUAUUUUCUGUGUAUGUCUCUUUGAGCCAUUGAUCUGUGAAGUUAUGGUGCAUAAUUUACCAUUUCCGAAUUAUUAUUUUACUAUAUAUCUUAGUUUUAUUCAUGGUGAAGAUCAGCUGUUAUUAUUAACUUAUAAUGGUAUAGGAAGAUGAAAUAAUUUUCAUCAUUGAAUGAUUUUCAUUUUUAUUUCUGCUCAAUGCUUCCAAUUCGUCACAUUUAAGAGUUUAUGUAUUGUCAGUUUUAUAAAAAUAUAUAUUCAUUUUUUUUUUCCUUCCAUUUUGAGUUCUUAAUUUAUGAUUUAAACUGACAAUUUUAUGACAAAAAUGAUGAAGACAAGGAUACAGUAUAAUGAAUUAAUAUUUUAAUUAAAAAUAAAAAAAAAUCAACAGAAAUGAAAUAUAAAAAUUAUAAGAGUUGUUAUUCCAUCAUCUUAUACUAUUACACAUGUAUUUGAUUAUAUAUCACCAAUGGUUCUUUUCAUUAUCCCAAAUUAGUGUGUUAGAUUAGAUUAUAAAUAAUUAAGGUAUCAUAAAAUUUAACAACUCAUUUAUUUUUUCAACAAUUUUUUAUUUAUUUUAAUAUAAAAAUGUGAUAACAUAUGAAGCUAUAAAUACUUUCUAUGUACACACCACCAUCUGAAAUUUCUAUAAAUAAAUAGAAUCCUGGCAAUGUAUAAAUUAAUUAAUUCUGAUUUACAUAUCUUAUGCCAAGAUGAUGUUAUUUGAGGCACAGAAGUUCACUAAACACUUGGAAAUUCGCCACACUUUGUUCUUACACAAAGCCUGUUAUUGUAUUAAACAUUAUUUUAUGAGUGAUACAAGUUAUAACAAAACUGAAAAUUAAGAUGACAAAAAAUUUUUUUCAAUGAUCUUAUAAAUAAAAAACAAUAUGUAGAACAUUAAAAGUAUUGCAUUUAAAAAAAGACAUUCUCAAUUUUUUUUUCUUUUAAUAUAACAUAAAUGAACAUACAAAAAAUAUUGGUUAUCUACACGCUUUUUCUGUACAUGCAAGAAGCUGUAAUAAGUCCAUUGCUAAAGCAAUUAUUUAGCUCAAGCUAGAAAUACUUAUUGGGCAUUAACAAUAUAUUUCCUAAUAUCAUAUUAUGAAAAGUAAUGCAUGAGAUUAAGGAAUUUUGUAUAAUCACUAGCAUUGUUAUUCACAGCACAUUUAAAUAGUAACAACUUUUCACAUUGUACAAAGUAUUAAACGCCAUAAUCAACUAUGAAAAUUAUGAAUGCAGAAUAAAUAUGCUUAGCAAAUGUUUGAUAUUAGGAGAACCAUUAAGCGCCUUUACAGGUUUGAAGUUCCUUCCGAGUAGUGUUGAGUGCCGGGAGGAGCCUUAUAUCCUGGAUAUGUUGAGUUGAGGGCGUGCUGGGCGAAGAAGGAGGAGUAAUCCUUCUUUACUUUCCUUGGCCUGAAAGCUGGUCCCUUUGCAAGAGCUACCCUCGCUUCAUUUUCAGCUGCCGUUUGCUGCUUUAUGCUCUCUGGCGGCCACUUCUGGUCUCCCCUCAUCCUGGCGCCUCCUUGUACUGAAGCCACUGGUGGCUGGGCCUGAUAGACCGGAGCUGGCUGUUGGUUCACUGGAGGAGUUGAUCGUAAAGUAACGGUUGUUUUCGGUGGCUCAAAUUGAACUGGAUGAUAGAUUGGUUGUUCUAAUUGUCUUCUUGCAGGUUGUGGACUGUCUGGUGCCUGUCUGAUUGGUGGUGUUACCUGUGCAGCUGGUGUGGGUCCCUACAACAUUGGGAAUAUACCGGAUCCUGAAAAACAGCUGAAUUAUUUUCGUCUUCUUCGGGUGGUGGUGGCCAAGCCACUCGUUUCAACCCUGAAAAAAAAAUUAUAUAUUUAAAAAAUAUAUAUAUAUUCGAAUGAGAGAAAAUGUAAGCAAGAUUUAAGUGUUUCUGCAUUAACCGAGGUAGUAGACAGUUGGCUUGUCAUGAGAGGCUCAGGUAAAUAUAGCUCCGCCAUUGCAGUGGAAUCCUCCAAUCCAGGGAGGGACGAGCUAUAGGUGGAAGGUUGCCAAUAUAGUCGGGAUGCCAUGCCUCAGGGUUCCUAACCUUACAUGACUCUUAGCGAAACCUAUUUCAAGAUCUGCUGAUCAGGGUGUAUAUUUGCACGAAUGAUACGUCCUGUGAGAACCCAGGACGGCUUAUCAAGUUACGUUAUUACGUAGGACUGUGUGAAAAACAAAUCUAUUAAAAAUAUUUUAUCAUUCUUUAAGUGUGUGUGGUUAAUUAUUUGCAUAUUUCAUUUUAGUUGGCUUUCUUCCAACGUAGACACUUUGUUGUCUGACGUUAUCCGGCGUGGAAGAAUCCCAAAACAAAACACUUAUUAUAAUCGAAAAAUAUAAUUUUUAGCUUUGCUGAGUGAUUUUUACAAAUCAACACAAUCUAAAUGAUUUUUCCUUCCUCAAUUUCGUAUAUAUUUAUACAAAUCCAAAUUCGUUGAUGUCUCACGGAUAGUUUAUUCACUUCAAUAUUUUCAGUUGUUUCAAGUGAACGGUUAUAAAGAUGGAAGAUUCUUAAAUUAGACUCAGAAUAUUCUACACAAGAAGCAGCAAAUAAAACGCAAUAUGGAAGCGAAGCCCACGGGAUAGUAGAAUUUAUGAUCAAUAUGGAAUACAUGAUUUGAAAAUCAAUGGAGGUAGAGACAUAAAUCGAAUUAUUUUCUAGUUUUUUUAUUUAUUUUUUAAAAAUAGUAUAGAAUAAAUUAUUUUUAUGAAACGCCUUAACAUAUUAAUAUGUGAUUGUUUUUUUUUUUUUCUUUUAACCCCUACCUGACCGUUUCUGGUUUGUGGGGUGGUUAUUUUACUGGUAAUAAACCUCUUCUACUAGAGACGGAAGGAAAAGAUUCACACUGUGGUUUUGUCUGAUUGGGCCCCUCGAUAUUUAGGUGUUAUUUUUUUAUCCUUUUUAUUAUAUAUAUAUAUAUAUAUAUAUAUAUAUAAUACAAAAUUAUUUUGAAAAAAUAAUAUUUAAUUUAAUAUAUAUUUUUUUUAUUAUUAAAAAACCAUUAAAACUGUCCAUGUCUGUAUAUCUGUUUUAUAAUAAACAGUAAAUUAUUAAUGUUACAUAAACAGGCAGAACUACGGUGAGGGGAAGGAGGGGGCUCUCGGACUGAAAACGUUCCCAAAAUGGUAAGAUAUAACCAUGUUUUAUGAAAAGAAUUAUCCCUAAAAGUAUUAUUGUUCGUCUAAUUAUAUGUAAUAGGACUUGAAGAAUCACUUAAACACCAUUUCAUAUAGGUAGUUAGUUUCUUUCUUUCUUUCUUUCUUCCGAAGUAAUUAUCCUGAUAUACACAUACAAAAAAAAUCUUUCGGGCUGAAGCUCUCCCCCAAAAUUAAAUCCUGGAUCCGUUAGUGGUUAUUAAUAUAUCGUUAUUAACUAAUUUAAUUAAUGCUAAAUAUAUUGGAUUAAAUUAAUAUAAAAACUUUAAAUAAGCAUUGUUUGUAAUUUAUCCUCAGGUUAAUUAUAGAGGGAUAAUUAUUUAGGGAUAACAUUAUAGUAACAAUCGCGUAAAAAUAAAAAAUAAAUAAUUGGAGUUAAAUUUUAUGAAUUUAGGGGAAACCGUUGAUAAGUCCAGGAAGGAAUAAGCGAAUGACCUCCUAACCCUGACCACGAAAGAAAUUUCAACACGCCCAGGGCGGAAUCGAACCAUUACCAACUCGGGGUUGUUGAGGUUGGGGGGGGGAGGUGACCGAGUGGACAAAACUCGCAUUGCCGGGCAACCUGAUAAACCGUAGGUUACGAGUUCGAGUCCCGGCGUUGAAGAGGCUUUUAACUCUCGUAUAAAUUCUCCUUCUCUCCUGCCCUCUUCUCUGGCUCAAAAAAACAAACAAAAAAAACACGUACAACCGAAAUGGCGAAAUAGAAGAGAAAAAGAAAAAAAAAUGUUAAGGUGACGACUUCAGACAUUUAUUUAUUUAUUAACUAUACAUCCUUUAAUGUAUUAUUGAUUCUGAU